UCGCGCCGCUGAUUGGCUGCAGCCGCGCGGGACGGUUGAUCCGGCGGCGAGCGCCAUGGCGGCAGCCUGGCAGCGUCCCUACCUGAACAUCUUCAAGCACUUCCGUGUGGAGGAGUGGAAGCGCUCUGCCAAGGAGGGGGACGUGGCCGCCCUCACGGACACGAGGAUGAAGGGAACAAUCUACCGGAUCCGAGGCUCCAACCCAGCCAGCAGCUACCUGCAGCUGCCCCGGGCAGGGACGCAGUCCCUGGGGCUCACAGGGCGUUACCUCUACCUGCUCUUCAGGCCCCUGCCCCGCAAGCACUUCCUCGUGCACCUGGAUGUCACCACCGAGGAAAACCAGGUGGUUCGCAUCUCCUUCUCCAACCUCUUCAAGGAAUUCAAAUCCUCGGCCACCUGGCUGCAGUUCCCCUUCGUCUGCGGGGCAGCCAGCGAGGGCACGGCCCGGCGGGGUGUGCCCGGAGCAGCCCCGGGUGACGCGCGCUGGACGUGCCUGGUGCUGGACCUGCCCUCCAUCCUGGCCCUGUACCUGGCCCGCAGCUACAGCCACCUCAGGGGGGUCAAACUCUGCUGCAACCUGCUCGUGAAGAACCUCUGCACCAGCGACCUGCUCUUCGAGCCAGGUGUGACCUUGGCCAGGGCCCGCCUGGGUGACCUGUCCUGCCGUGGGGUGGCUCCCAUGCCCCGGGAGUUGGCCUUCCCUGUGCCCAAGGGGCAGAAGUGGCACGACCUCUAUGACUACAUCAGGUUCCCAUCUGAGGGGCCUGAGCUGCUGCACAACUCCAUCCAGAAGAGUUUCCCACAUCCUGUGGCAGGUGACCAAGUCCUGCAGGAGCCUGGCCACCCACCGACCCAGCUGGUGACACGCUCCAGAGCAGCCUGUGACCUGCCCCCUGUCCAGCAGAAGAGCUGUCCCAAAGCUGUGCCACGUCGGUGUCCUGUGGUCACAAAAAGCAUCCCUGAGGUUCACCUGGCAGUGCCAGGGCCUGGGGGAGCUGUGCCUGCUGCAGACCCCGUGCUGGAGGAGAAGCUGCACAGUGCAGGGGACACGAGGCAGCCACUGCCACUCAGUGCUGGUGGCAUCCAUGUCUAUGCUCAUCAGAGGAGGGGACAGACAGCCCGAGCUGUCCCUGGCUCACAGGAGGGGCUUGUGCCAGAUCCCAUCCUGAAGCUGAGAACAAUUAUUGGCUUUGGAGGCUGCAGCACCAAAUGGGCCCUGUGGACGCGGGACAGCAUGGCCGUGGUGUACCCCUGCCAUGCCGUCAUCGUGGCCCUGCUCCUCCAGACUGGCGAGCAGAGGUUCUUCCUUGGCCACACAGACAAGGUGGCAGCGCUGGCCUUCAGCGGCAGCGGCUCCGUGCUGGCCUCGGCGCAGGCUGGGCCCCGCGGCCUCGGCCGCCUCUGGGACUUCCCCACAGGAACCUGCCUGAGCCUCUUCAAAACCCACCUGCACGGCCUGGUGUCCCUCAGCUUUUCCCACAGUGGAGCUGUUCUGUGUGGUGUGGGGAAGGACGUGCACAGCAAAACGAUGGUGGUGGUGUGGAACACUGCUCAGGUGACCCGUGGUGGAGGCGUGACUGUGCUGGCCAAAGCACACACAGAUGUGGACAUCCAGGCCAUGAAGAUUGCUUUCUUUGAUGAUACCAGGAUGGUGUCGUGUGGCCGGGACAACAUCAGGUUGUGGCGAUUGCGGAGCGGGGCCCUGCGCUCGUGUCCAGUCCCCCUGGGCGAGUACCACGCCCUGGAGUUCACCGACCUGGCCUUCGAGGAGGGGCCCCAGCAGGAGCCAGAGGACCGUGCACUCUUUGUGUGCAGCAGGAGUGGCCACGUGCUGGAGGUGGACUACAAGAACGUCUGUGUGCGGAGUGCACGGCGCCUGCUGCCUGCACAGCCCCAGGAGGACGGGCAGGAACAGGCAGGGAGCAGCUCAGGCCCUGGGAUUGCUAUCAACAGUAUCAGCAUGUCCUCGAGCUUCUGUGCCACGGGAUCAGAGGAUGGCUACGUGAGGCUGUGGCUGCUGGACUUCUCAGCUGCUGUCCUGGAGGCAGAGCAUGAGGCUUCAGUGAGCUGUGUCUGCAUCAGCCCAGAUGGCCACAAAGUGCUGUCCACAACAGCUGCUGGGAGCCUGGGCUACCUGGACGUGCAGGCCCGGGACUACAGCAUGCUGAUGCGCUCCCACGGGGGCUCCGUGCUGGGCUUCUCCCUGCAGGGCAAGGGGGGGCACAUGGCAACAGUGGCCCAGGACAGCACCAUCCGAGUGUGGGACCUCGCCUCCAGGCAGCAGCUGUAUGACUUCUCAGCUGCAGAGGAGACUCCCUGUACUGUGGCCUUCCACCCCUUCUGGAAGAUGCUGGCCUGUGGCUUCGACAGCGGGGUGGUGAGGAUCUUCAACCUGGCUGCCUCUGACCUCCUGCUGGAGCACAAGCAGCACCGCACUGCAGUCACAGGGCUGACCUUCUCUCCUGAUGGCAAUUUGAUGUUCAGCUCCUGCCUGCAGGGAACACUGGCUCUGUACAGACUUCUGGCACAGAAAAUCCAGGUUCUGAGAGUCCUGGGCAAUGUGGUGGCCCGGGAUGGUGGCAGUGGCGUGGACACCCUGGUGCUCAGUGGGGACAGUCGCCUGCUGGCCUUCGUGGGGCCCUCCAAGUAUGUGGUGACAGUGAUGGAGGCCUGCUCACUCGAUGAGCUGCUGAGGGUGGACAUCAGCAUCCUGGAUCUGCACAGCACCAUCCUGGACUCUGCAGUGAAGGUCUGCUUUGGUCCUGUGCCUCAGGGAGAGCUCCUGGUGUCCACUUCUUCCAAUAAAAUCCUUGUGCUUGAUGCAAAAACCGGGCGGCUGGUGCGAGAGGUGUCCCCUGUGCACAAGCUGAGCUGUUCCUCAUUGGCACUGAGCAAGGAUGGCCAGUACCUGCUGACUGCUGGUGACAAGGUCAUCAAGGUGUGGGACUACAGGAUGCGCUUCACCAUCAACUUCCAGGUGUUCAUCGGGCACUCAGAGCCCGUGCACCAGGUCGCCUUCACCCCAGACCAAGAGCACGUCAUCAGCAUUGGGGAUGCCAUCUUCCUCUGGGAUUUCCUGGCUCCACCUCCAGUCAAGUCAUCCCCAGGCAGGGCUCGUUCCCCUGUGUCCACUCUGGUGCUGGGCUCAGUGGUUUCUAUGGAAGCUGAGGUGUCACCAUCCAGAAGGAUGAGAGGAGCAUGGGCUGAAGGAAGUGACACCAAGCCCUUUUCUUUCCCAGACAGAAGCUCUGAGAAGCCCAAGGAUGGCUCUGAGACCCCUCGGCAGACAGUGCCUCUUCCACUGCUAUCCUCCCCACCAUGUUUGGAUAUCAGCUCUGUCCACCCAGCAGGGUUUCAAAGUAUUUCCUCUGAGUCGGACAGGGAGGAGGAAGCAGAACUGCCAGGCAGCAGCAGGAAGGUGGCAAAUGAGCACAGAGAUGCCUCAGUCAUUGUGGUGGAAUCAGAUGGGAAUGAGGAGCCUGUUGUGAGGCCCAGAGUGAGGCAGGAGAGCUCGAGGUCUCCUGAAAAAGCAGCAAACGAGCCCAGGAAGGGAACCAGAGCUCCCAAAUGUUGCAUCCGCCCAGAUUCCUACCGGCAUUUCACCCCUCGCUUCAAGGCAUCAGGGCUCCCCCAGAGUUUCGUGUCUCCUCCAGCGGGCAGUGAGGUGCUGAAGCUGAAAGCAGUGAUCGGCUACAAUGGGAAUGGCAGAGGGAAUAUGGUGUGGAACCCAGAUACAGGCUUCUUCGCCUACUCCUGUGGCUGCGUCAUCGUGGUUGAAGACCUGCACUCGGGCUCGCAGAGCCACUGGCUGGGCCACGCCGAGGAGAUCUCCACCCUCACCCUCAGCCACCACGCCCAGGUUCUUGCCUCUGCCUCAGGGCAGAAGGAUGGAGACUCCCACUGUCAGAUCUGCAUCUGGAGCACCCAGGAUGGGGCCUGCACAGCAGAGCUGUUCCACCACGAGACACAAGUGCAAGCCAUGGCGUUCUCCUGGGAUGACAGAUUCCUUGUCACCAUAGGGGACUACAGUGACCAGACCAUGGCUCUGUGGAGCACCCACACCUAUGAGCUCGUGCUGUCCACUUGUAUCUCAGAGCCUCUCCACGAUGUGGCUUUUAGCCCUUUCUCUCACCAAGACCUUGCCUGUGUGGGGAGGGGAGCUGUGACAUUCUGGGUGUUGGAGCAGCAGGAAGCUGCUGUCAGACUCAAGGUUCAUCGUGCCCCUGCCCCGGACGUGCUGGGGCUGGUGGAGCUGACAUCUCUCUGCUAUGGUGCUGAGGCUCUCCUUUACACUGGGACCAACUCAGGCCAGAUCUGUGUGUGGGACACAGAGACCAAUUCCUGCUUCAUGACGUGGGAGGCUGAUGAGGGCGAGAUCGGGGUGCUGCUGUGCCGGCACCAGCGCCUGCUCAGCGGCAGCAACACCAAGCGCAUCCGCCUGUGGUCCGUGGGCAGCGUGCAGGAGCUGAGGCUGAGAGGGCCCAAUGCCAGGUCUGGCUCAGUGCUGCUGGAGCACGAGAUCACCCUGGAUGGGACCAUUGUGAGCACAGCCUUUGAUGACUCCCUGGAGAUGGGGAUUGUGGGCACCACGGCAGGGACCCUGUGGUACAUCAACUGGCUGGAGAGCACCAGCAUCCGACUCAUCAGUGGCCACAAGAGCAAGGUGACUGAGGUGUGCUUCAGUCCUGACGAGAGUCACUGUGCCACGUGCGGCGAGGACGGCAGCGUGAGGAUCUGGGCUCUGGGCAGCACCGAGCUGGUGGUGCAGUUCCAGGUGCUCAACCAGAGCUGCCAGUGCCUGGCCUGGAAGCCUCGUCCCGUUGGGGUGUGGCCUCGUCCCGGCGAGAGCCAGCACGUGGUGGCAGGGUACAGUGAUGGCACUGUCCGUGUGUUCAGUGUCUCCAGGACAGAGAUGGAGCUGAAAAUGCACCCCCACGCUGCUGCUCUGACAGCAGUCACCUACUCCACUGAUGGGGAAAUGAUCCUAUCUGGGGGCAAGGAUGGGAUAGUGGCUGUCAGCAGCCCUCGCACUGGAAUGACCAUCCAUGUCCUGGCUGACCACAAAGGCUCCCCCAUCACUGUUCUCCAGUGCACCAGGAAGCAGUACCACGAGCUCGGGGUGGAAGGAGGGGAGCUGUGGCUGGCAGCCAGCUCCGACCGCCGCGUCAGCGUCUGGGGCUCCGACUGGCUCCAGGACAAGUGUGAGCUCCUCGACUGGCUCAGCUUCCCAGCCCCUGCUGGCCCUGAGGGUCUGGACAGCCUCCCUCCCAGCCUGGCUGCGUUCUGCCCUUGGGAACAUGGUGUCCUGGUCUACGUGGGUUUUGGGCUGCAGAAGGAAGCUUUGUUCUACAGCCUGAGGAAAAAACAGGUGCUCAGGAAGAUCUCCCUGCCAGCCUUUGCCACGUCCCUCAGCCUGUCCCCAGCUGCACCUUUCAUGGCUCUUGGCUUUAGUGACCGGCUGCUGCGGCUGCAGCCCUGCCCCGCCGGGACCCCGCAGGACUACGCCGGCCAUGACGACACCGUGCACCUCUGCCGCUUCGCGCCCUCGGGCCGCUGCCUCCUCACGGCCUCGCACAGCGCCGUGCUCGUGUGGGAGCUGCCGGGCGCCUGAGCCGGGCUGGCCCCGCACCAGCGACGCUUCUCCAGCAGGACAGGCCCCGGCUCCGGCCGCAGCCAGGCCCGAGCCGCUCCCUCACGGCUGCAGCGGCUGGC